CAUGAAUUCAUCAAGCAUUUCUACACCAGAUGAAGCCUCAAACUCUCAAUCCAAUGACCCCAUAAUUGUUGCUGUUGGCAAUUCAUCUACUAAUAAUCAGGAGCCAAUGACUGUGCAGUCGUUGACUCCACAGCAGCUGCUAAGCCAAUUGCCUGUUUCUGACGUUCCAUCUACACACAUAUCAGUACAGAAUCAGCCAUUGAGUUCUACUGCUUUGCCUACACUUGAGCUCACUGGUGCUGCUAUGGAAACGACUACUCCUUUGACUCAAUCUAACCCUAACCCUUCUUCAACCAUGCUUCAACCACUUGAUGCUAAUUCGCAUUUGCAUUCACCUGCCUUGGCCAUUAUUUCCAAUGCUGCUGUUUACAACGACAAGAAUAGUUGUGCUCUUUGUCAGAAACGCUUAUCUCGUAGCCCAGACACUUGGACUUGUAUUGCCGAUAUCAAACCCAGAUUUCUUAGACUACUUCAAAAGGAUUAUCCACAAGCUCGGUUAGACUGGCCAACGCGACGCAUCUGUCACGACCAUAUCCAAAAUGCUCUUCAAGGCCGUAUUGAUUUUUUAUUGGAGGAGGAUCAAGCCCAGUUUUCUAGACUACAGGAGGACGCCAUCAAGAAUCUCAAAACGUUUGAAAUCGAGCAAAGCAACUGGCUGGAUCAGUUUGAACUAAAACGAACAGCUGGUCAAGUCGCUGCUGAUACAGUUGCCAGAUGUGGUGGUUCCUGGGGUUUUCUUGGGGCUUUGGGGUUGUUUCUUGCUAUAUGGGCAAUUGCCAAUCUGAUUUUGACUGCUUAUGGUCCACCCAACUCUGCAUGGGACCCAUAUCCGUUUAUUUUGCUCAAUCUAUUUUUAUCUAUGUUGGCAGCCACUCAGGCUCCUAUCAUCAUGAUGUCACAAAACAGACAAACGGAGCGUGAUCGACUGCAGACCAACUUUGUUUCUGAAGCCAUUCUUCGAAAUGAGCACGAAACUCGUCACGUUGAUGCCAAGGUUGACCAUCUGUUGUCGUAUCAGUGGAAACGAUUACUUGAAAUCCAAGAAAUUCAAAUCCACUUGCUUGAGCUUCAAAUUAGACACCCCGACAACCAUCAAGCCAAGCUUGUGCAUCAUUUUACAUCUCCUAAAUUCAACGACGCUCUGCUUGCUUCUCCUGGAGGUCUCUUUAGUAAUCGAAUGGAAAAGCCAAUCGAGUCUUGGAAUGUUGAAAUUCAAUCGGAUCAUCUUACCAAGAUGCUAUUGCGAAACUAUUUUGAUGUUGAUCUGUCUGGGGAUAGUUUUGUCUUUUCACAUUGGCACGAGGACGGAGACAAUUUCACAGGAUCCAUCUCGGAUGUGUCGCUUGAUAUUACUGAUCGCAGACUAACCCACAUUACGUUCAAAAUCAAUUUUUCAGAGAUUUUAGCUACAAUGGAUGACGUGUUUUCUGGCGAGGGAAGUGUUCAUCUUCGCAAUGACUUUAAUAUUUUACAUAUGCACCAUGUAGGCAGGAUAUUCCGUAUCCGGGUUAUUUUUGCGAAUGGUGCCAUGGCCACUUUUCUUAAUGGCGAACUUCCACCCAGAUACAAGCCAGCAUUUGCUCGCAAACGUCAGGACCGUAUCACCGAGAUGUGGAAAACCUCUAUCAAGCAGUUGGUGAUUACAUACGUUCCGCCAUUGCAAGUGGCGAUUGUUGAUGUGGACCAAGGACACGUUUUGCGUAGAGUGACUGCUACCAUUUUCCCUCGACCCAACGGAACGAUCCCUGACACAAGCGUGUAUAUGGCUGCCGAUGGACACCCAGACAUUGCUCAUCCAGCGCACUCUGAUCCAGCCAACUCCCCUGUAGAGAUUGUUUCUGCCUCUCCAACCGUUGUCACAGCCUUUUCAGACAGCAGAAUUGAUAAUCCUGUUGUAUACUGUAAACAAUUGGUUGGUCCACGACCUCUCUCAACAGAAAUAUGGGGGAAAGUAGUGGAUUACACCUGGGAACCAAUAAAUCCGCUGUCUGGUGGAAAUGGAGUAGGAUCCGAUCAUGCAGAUACUCAACCCACUCACCAUGCCAAAGGACUGCCACGUAACCCAUCGCGCAUUCACUCAUCUCAUCGACUUGGCAGUAUCAAAGCAUCUUUUGGUAUUCCACCCAAACCCAUUGCCGCAUCAAUAGUGCCUACACGCAACACCAGCGUCAGCGUUAAAUCCAUUCAUACAAAUACGGGUGGCAGCAACACUGCAAUAGCCACUGGUUCGUCACCCACUAGUCCACCAUUUGAUGAUAUUGGACUAGAAAGUGUAAUUGUUACUGCACCUGUAAGUGUCGAUAUCGAACAAGAAUUUGUUGGACCUGCAACAUUUGUGUUCAUAUGUGAUGAUAGUCGAGUAUGUUUCCAUGGUGAUAUUGAAGAAAUAACUGAUAUUGCUUAUGAAUAA